UCACAUACACAGUGCUAUGUAUAUAACAAUAUACAUAGAACAUGAGCCCGGGCUAACCCUAAAAAGAACAAUAAUAACUCCUCAACACAGUACUCAACCUUGCACUGGCUGUCUGAUCAACCCCAUCAUGCACGACCACUGUGAGUGUCAUGCCAGGAUGCAAAGAAGAAGAAAAAAAAUUGACUCGAGCGAGUUUCCACAACGCCUCUCCAGAACUUCCUAAUCUGGUAACAGUAACCUCCAUUGUGCUCGGCUCAUGAGCAAAGCAGGGAUUGUCGCGUGGUUCUUGGUAAUGGGCCGCGGAACUGCCCACGGAAUACGGAGUACUGUGGUGCCCCAGCCCGCCCGAAAAGCGGGCAUGAGGAUCUAAUCUUAUCUCAUCUCCGAGGCUUUGGUUCGGCCCUCGACGCCCCGCAAACCGUCCAUCGCCUGCGCCAUUGCGUAGAUAGUUCCUCGAAUGUUCCUGCCCGGGCUUUCUCUUGCUCCCUCUGGUUUGUGUGAUUGUCUGGCCUCUGCUCUGAACUCUUUUGACUGGCAAUCUCUGGCUUCCAUCUGUUGUGCGGCGGUGGGCUAUAUCCGUCCCUCUCUCCCUGUCUCGAGUGCCUCACAUCAAACCAUCUUUCUAACCUCGGCACGCCGGCAAAACCCACCCACAUACCGCUUCGCGAGUCCCUGUCCUGCCGUGACCACCACGCGUUCCAGACCGCGCCCACGCUUUCCUGCCCUUCACAACCUAACCUGUGGCCGACCUUCACUCAACCCAACGCCCGCCCCAAAACCAAGACCACAGCCACGGCCAACAUGACAGAGACAGCAUCCGCCCCCGAGACCGGCGCAACCGCCAUCGCCGACCUCCCCACCGGCGAGCCCAUCCCCUCCUCCACGCCAGCAGACUCCAAGACGCCCGAGCCCAAGCCGGCAGCCCGGAGGAGCAGCCUCGCCGCGCUCCUCAGGACCCUCCCCUCAGACGCAGACGCCUUCGUGUCCCACCUGCAGCGCUGCCUCGCCACGCCCGCCGGCAUCGACACCCUCCUCCUCUUCAUCUGCUACACCUCGCGCUUCACAGGCGCCACCCUCGCCAACCUCUCGCAGUACCUCCUCCGCCGCUCCGACUCGCCGUACACGCCCCGCGACCUGGUCGCCCUCGUCCUCACCCUCCCCGGCAAGACCGCCGUCGUGGUCGAGGCUGCCGCCGGGGCCCCCGUCCCGCCCCUCUCCGCCCUCGCCGCCCGCCUCGCAGCCCUGCUCGCCACGAGGCUCAAGAACCUGGGCAGCCUGGCCUCCGAGGCCCGCACCAUCGCCCGGCUGUGGAGCCUGGUCGGCAUGUACUUCUGGGCCAAGAGGCUGGUGCUCAACCUGCUGGCCGCGCGCGCCAAGGACGAGGACGGCUCCGAAAAGGCAGCAGCCGAGGCCGAGGGCAAGCUGGCCACCCUCGUCAGCUGGGCCCAGCUGAUCGCCUGCGCCGGCUUCCAGGUCCUCGAGAACGGCGCGUACCUGUCGGGCCGGGGUGUGCUGGGCUGGACGCCCGCGCAGCAGGGCAAGGCCUACGUGGUCGGGGCGCGCUUCCUGGGCGUCUACACGGCCAUCGAGCUGGGCCGCCUGCUCGCCGAGUUCGUCGCCCGGCGCGGCCAGGACUACACCGCGGCGAGCCCCGAGGAGCGCGCCAAGGUCGACGCCCUGAGGCGGAGCGCCGCCAUCAACCUGGCCUGGACGCCCCUCACCCUGCACUGGAGCGUGGAGGGGGGUUUCCUCUCGGACCUCGUGGUCGGCGCUGGCGGGUGCAUCCCUGGGCUGAUACAGAUGAGCAAGCUGUGGAGGGAGACGGCAUGAUCGGGGCGUGGUCGGGUCUGAUGACGCUUGCACGCCAGACACGUGUUCGGGCAGACAGCGAGACGAAUUCAAUGCAGCUGCUAGGCAUUUAUGACAUGUUGUGGAAACACAAAUCAGGCGAGGGAGUUGUCUGCGGAGAGACUGACUGGUGUUGUACAUAAGCGAUGAACACAUAGAAUUGCUCCAAAAGUAGAGCGCCAUAGAUCACCAUACCAUAACCUUACACGACAAACUCGUAUAUGCAAGAUACUAAGCUUCUAGCUCCAAUCCUCCUUGGUCUCAAUCCUUUACCUUCCUUCCUCUCAAUCAUUCCUCUUAUUGAACAAAUUCCUGAGCCUACCUCAUCCGCACUAAACUCGUGCACGGUACAUGAACGUGUCUGUGUUACUGAACCUGGCGUGUGAUCGGCGGUAUCCACGUGUUAUUCAUCUAUUGUUUUGUAGGCACAAAUUGCCACCAAAAUUUCGGGCCUUUCAGCGACUCAAACGAGCUCAUCAGCUCCCAUAUCGCCCAGCCGUCUUUUUC